AUGGCACCUACUGCUCCGUUCAGUCCCCCUCCCACUACUGGUAAACCUUUUGUCCCCGAAUGGAUCCCUCCUCCAGUGACCAAGGAAAAACACAACUUCGCUCAGCUCAAGUCGAUUGACCUCUCGCUGCUGGACUCUGAUGACCCGACUGUCGUUGAGAAUCUCAUUCAAAAGGUCAAGGUAGCCAUCCGGGAUGAUGGAUUUCUGUUCCUGGAGAACUACGGAAUUUCCUUGGAGCAGCUCCAUCGUCAAUUUGCUCUAGCCCAAUAUCUCUACAACAACAUCAGCGAGGAAGACAAAGAACGCCUUCUUUUCGACCCCGACACCGGUGUUUGGUCCGGUUAUAAGCACCCUUAUGGAUUCAAGCGCCAUCGCGGCACCCCCGACGGCAUCGAACAAUUCAACUGGUACAAGCCCGAGUGGGAAGACAUUAACCGCGUACCCCGAUGCCUGCACCCCUUCAUGGACGAGAUCGAGGCAUUCUGCAACUACCUCACCCAAUCUGUCAACCGCCGGCUCCUCACCCUCUUCUCGCGCGUCCUUGAGUUACCUGACAAUUACCUUUGGGACAACGUGCAAUCCCACGGCGGCCCAACGGGUGAAGGUUACUUUCGGCACGCGCUCUUCCGCCCCGUCCAGAAACAAACCGAAGAGGCAUCCAAGGGUCUGCGCAUGCACGGCCACACCGACUUUGGACUGACGACUUUGCUCUUCUCUGUCCCGAUCUCAUGUCUUCAGAUCUGGGGCCGCGAUGAACAGUGGUACUAUGUGCCGUAUAAGCCUGGCGCCCUGGUGAUCAACAUCGGAGAUACACUGGAGAUUGUCUCGGGAGGUCAUUUCAAGGCAACUCGACACCGGGUUUUCAAGCCGCCAGCGGAUCAGUUGAAUGAAGAGCGUUUGUCGCUGGUGUUGUUUAACAGUUCGGUUGGUGAUUUGCGGAUGGCGCCGGCGUAUGAGUCACCACUCAUUCAACGGGAGGGCUGCAUCGAAGAGCAAGGCGUCUACAAAGAGUUCAGGAACCUCACGGCUCAAGGAAAGCUGGUCCCUACCAAUCGUCAAUGGCGCGAGAUUCAGAUUGCCACCUGCACAGAUCCGACCGAUACAGUUCGCAACAGGGUCGGUGCAGACCAGGUCCUCAUUGAUGGCAAGGUCAUGCAUCAGAGGGAAUACAUGGGCGUCAAAGUUGUUCUACCUGUUUGA